AUGGGGAAGUUAAAAGGAAGAUCAACUAAAUUUCCACCUCAACCCAGAGACCAGUUCAACAGAUUAAUCAUAUACAUUAGAGAGAUGGACCAGGACAAUAUCGCUGCAGUUCCUGAAUUCAUUCUUAUGGGACUCACUGAUCUCCCAGAAUUCCAGCUCCUUCUCUUUUUGGUGUUUCUGGCAGUCUUUUGUGAGCCAUUGCUCCCAAGAUGUUACGCAGACUUAUUUCUGGAGGUGAGAACUAUUUGCUUGAUAGAAUGUGCCAUCCAGAUGUAUCUCUUUGUGGCCUGUGUAACCACCGAGGGUUACUUCCUGGCAGUAAAGGCACAUGAUUGCUUCAUGGCAAUUGGCAACCCUAUGCUCUAUAUGGUUGUUUUGUCUCUAAGAGUUUGCACUCAGCGCAUGCUUGGUUCAUAUCUCACUGGUUUUCUCGAGGGACUCAGUAACACUUUCCCCAGUGAGGUCUUGCUUUUCAGCAUGGGGAUUUUCAGUGGAACUGUCACCUCUCUGAAAAUUGUGAUGUCUUACGUAUAUAUCCUCAUCACUACCCUGAAGAUCUGUUCUGCAGCAGGGAGAUGCAAGGCCUUCUCCACCUGUGCCUCCCACCUAACAGUGGUUGGCUUAUUAUAUGAGACCACCAUCUCCAUAUACGUUUGGCCCAGUUCACAGUACGCACCAGAAAAUGGCAAAGUGGUUUCCAUGUUUUAUACUCCUGUGAUAUCAGUGCUGAAUCCUCUGAUCUACAGCCUGAGAAAGAAGGAUGAAAACGAUGCUCUGUGA